CCCGUACGUUCGGGGGCCGUAGCUGCGUGCGGGCCUCUGGCGGCGCGGAGCUGUGGGGAGGCGGUUGCUGAAACGGAGGGAAAAGCGGAGCGCUUAGCGUGCGAGAGCUUCCAGCAACAGCUUACAGACCGUAAAUUUCGUAUUUGAUGGCGUUGAUAUCCGACAGAUAUGUAAGCAGGUUUAAUAAAUGUUUACCUCUGAAAUGCAAAUGAGACUGACCAAAGCAUACUCACAAUUACCUGCUUAUCCACGGCAGUGAACAGUGCCUGGUAACUAGCACCAACACUCUCCACUUGACUCUGUAGCUGUGAGGAAUGGCUAUGGAAGAUCCUGACAAGAAGACUGAAGUAGUACUGCUGGCCUGUGGGUCCUUCAAUCCCAUUACCAACAUGCAUCUAAGGCUAUUUGAGCUGGCUAAAGACCACCUUCAUGAAACAGGAAAAUACAAAGUAAUCAAAGGAAUAAUUUCACCAGUAGGUGAUGCAUAUAAGAAGAAAGGUCUGAUCAGUGCGAACCACCGAGUAACUAUGGCAAAACUAGCUACAAAAAACUCAGAUUGGGUGGAAGUUGAUGAUUGGGAAAGCAGCCAGAGUGAGUGGUUGGAAACACUAAAAGUUUUAAGGUACCAUCAUCAAAAGCUCUUAUCUCCUGAUCCCACUAAUACUCUGCAGAAUGCUAUACCUUUAACAAAGCCAGGACGGAAGAGGAAACAGGAACCAAAUAGGCAUGACCCCAUUAAAAAGAAAAAUCAGAGUCCAGAUAUAAAAAGUGUCCCACAGGUUAAACUGCUUUGUGGAAGUGACAUGCUGGAAUCUUUUGGGAUCCCCAAUCUGUGGAAGUUGGAGGACAUCACUGAAAUUGUGGAAAAUCAUGGCCUUGUAUGCAUCAGUAGGGCUGGAAACAGCGUUCAGAAAUUAAUCUAUGAAUCUGAUAUUUUGUGGAGACAUAAGAAUAACAUUCACCUUGUGGAAGAAUGGAUCACAAAUGACAUUUCCUCCACCAAGAUUAGGAGAGCACUGCGGAGGGGCCAGAGCAUUCGUUACCUAGUGCCUGAUGUAGUUCAAGCAUACAUAGAAAAAAAUAAUCUGUAUAGUCCAGAGAGUGAAGACAGGAAUGCUGGGGUUGUCUUGGCUCCCUUACAGAAACAUGCAAGUGAUUCCAAGAACUAACAGGCACUAUACAACUAACUUACUUUCUGCUGUUAAUAAAGCUACAGUUCAGUAUGGGAAAAUGUGAUUUUUAGGGGUUGGUUUUUUGUUUGUUUGUUUGUUUUAAGUAACUAGUGGGCUAAUUCUGUCGCUUUAGUACAUCUGUAGUUGCUGUUGAGGUUUGGUGCACUCAAUAAUUGGACCUACACAAUCUUUUUUAAAUCAAACAGUAAGAUUUUCACGUUUAAACAUUUUGUCACAGUGCAGUGAACUAAGUGUAAGAAUUCACACUUGCAUAUGAGAAUUACAAAUUAACAAACAAAACAAAUGAAAAUGUUCUAAUUAGUUUUAACUCAGACUGCUGAAUGCUAUUUAUAAAAUAUUAACACAGAUAUUUUUAAUAACCUAAGGUGUCUUAACAGACAAAGCAACUUAAUUUCAAAAUGUACCACUUAGUGAUAGGAAAUCUAUGUAACUAAUUUUUUAAAAAAUUGCCAACAUGGGGUGCACCUCAAAGAAAUAAUUUAGCUCUAUCCUGGAAGGGAAAAAUUUACUCCUGGCUGAAGUGGUGCUAGAUACACCAUGCUUUUAGCUGCCUGCCUUUCAAGUAUGCAGCCUGUUUGUCUGCUAUCAUGCAAUUUGCUCCCAGAAAUGCCUUGUGCUUUACUUUUCCAUUCAUGUUUCCAGAGCUGUAUGUUAAGCUCAGCACUGUUUCUCAUGGAAGGACAGACCUACUUCAGAAACUGGUUUACAGCCAUUGAUUUAAUGGAUAGAAAUUAAUAAUAGUGUCUUGCACUGAUUCUCAGACAGUUGUCCCUUUAUUUCAAAUAAUAAAUGAGCUUUUACUUUUGAGCCAAAUGUAUAUAGCCGGAAUUGUUUUCUGUGACUGGAGUUGAGAAGAAAUGGUAGGAUAUUAAGACUGUAUAUAAGUGAAAUGUUUUUCUUUGCUAGAAAUCUGGUUUUGAAUCUAAUAGUAUAUUGUCUGUAUUAUGUGAAUAUAAACUAGAAAGGCACUGUGAAUGUCAUGGUGAUAGAAUUCUACCUCCCUUUAUUUACCAUCAUCCCAUUUUUGUUUGGAUGUGCCUUAUUAAAAAUGUGAAAGUUUCUGAGACGCUACCUAAUGGGUCAACAGCUUUUUCAUACAAUCUCCACAAGAUGACUCUGUUCACGUUUUUCAGAUCAACAAAUCCAGCAGAACGUGAGACUCUCAGGGCAGGAAACCUAGAUGCUGUUGGGCAAGUCUAGAACCAGACAUGUUCCAGGAUCACAACUGUGACAACCCGCCAUCUUCCUUCCCUGGGCAGGCCAUCCUCAAAGAGCUGAGGCAGAGGUCUAGGCUUCCCUCGGAGCUUAGGUGGAGUCUGGAAGCCAGAAGCCAAACAUAGAACAUCAUGGUUGGCCCUAGGGCCUGCAAAGCUCAUAUAAAACCCAGCAGGUGAGUCGAGACACUAUUGGGAAAACCUGUAACCUGCAGUGGAGCUAGCAUUGGGUAUGCAAACUUGGACCCCUACAUGAAAUUCUGCAAUUACCAUACACUAGAACAUCUGUGUUCUACUAGUUCCAGUCUGUACAGGUGGCUGUCUACAGAGAAUCUACAAGGAGAUUAGUGGAAUAAAAUCAAGUCACAACUUAGAAGUGCAUCUGUAACUGCACUGUGACAGAAAGUAGCAUCAAGUAUUCUUAGGUUUUUUUCUUGGUGAUUCCUGCAUCA